AUGUUGCUCACAGUGUCGCUCAUCCUUUUGUUGCCUUGGGCAAGUACUGCGUUGGCAGAUCUGCCCAUUGUUGACUUGGGCUAUCAACGCCACCAGGCCAUUGCCUUCAAUUCAACUGGUCACUAUUACAGUUUUACCAAUAUUCGAUAUGCAAAGCCUCCCUUGGGAGCUCUUCGAUUUGCUCCUCCCGUCCCCCCAGAUAAGCGAACUCGAGACGUUGUCAAUGGGACUGGGUUAGGAUACAUAUGCCCACAGGCCCAACCGUGUUGGUCCAAUGUGCAGUAUCAGUUUGUCAGCGCUGUUUCAGCUGGCACACCCUUUAAUUUUAAUGCAUCCUAUGAGCAGGUAUAUAUCAAUGACUCCUGUACAACGCCCCCGCCUGUAGCAGAAGCAGACCCUCGCUCGUCGGAAGAUUGCUUGUUCCUCGAUGUGCAUGUUCCUAAGGCUGUGCUCCUGAACCGGUCACACACUCUCUAUAGACCUCGUGCGCACCAAAAAGGAGGCGCCCCUGUUCUGGUUUACUUGCAAGAUGGGGCAUACGUAUCAGGGUCCAAGUCGGAUCAGAAUCCAGCGGGGUUGAUUGCAAAGAGCCGUGAGGACGGGUCACCUGGGAUCAUUUAUGUGGGGAUGAACUAUAGAUUGGGUGUCUUUGGAUGGUUGUCUGGCGGCAAGUUUCGAUCAUCUGGAGGUACGCCAAACCUAGGGCUGCAUGACCAGCGCCUGGCAUUAGAAUGGAUACAACGCAAUAUUCAUCUGUUUGGUGGUGAUCCCUCUCGCGUCACAGUCAUGGGUGUAUCUGCUGGAGGUGGCUCUAUUACAAUGCAAAUGACCGCCUACGGACGUGCGAUUCCUCCGCCGUUCGCUCAAGUCAUUGCUCAAAGUCCUGCAUGGGAACCCGGAACCAAGACCCCCGAGAUCGAAAACGAUAUAUUCGACACCUUCCUCGCUUCACUGAAUGUCAGUCGCCUCGAACAGGCGCGCAGCUUGCCCUCACAAGCGUUGAUCAGCGCAAAUUAUUUUUUAGUUGCAUCACGUCCAUAUGGAGGUGGCUUCCUCGGACCAGCUAUCGAUGGAGACUUCGUACCUGAUAGCCCCAAACGUCUGCUUCUCCAGCGCAAGGUAGUCCCAGCCGUGCGAAUUCUCACCUCGUACACCUCCAACGAAGGCUUUGCUCUUGCUCCGGCGAAUGUAACAGAUGACGCCUCUUUCAAACGAUAUGUGGACUUGAUGCUCAAAUCCACCAAUGCCAGUGUUCGCUAUCACACGGAGCAUGUCCUCUACCCGCCCAUAUUCAACGGCUCAAUGCCAUAUCGCACUCAACACGAACGUGCAAAUCUUUUCUGGUCGGAACUCAUUGCCAGUUGCAACACACGCUAUCUCCACUUCGCUGUCAAUACUCCCGGAUAUGCCAUUAAAUAUAGCGUCCCCCCCGCGAUGCAUUUGUCAGACACACCGUCGGUCUUCUACAAUGGGCCCGUGUCGGAUUCUAGUGUCAAUGCCACCAUCGCGGAGCUGAUGCAAAGGCAAAUCGUUCGUUUUGUCAAGACGGGGGAUCCUAACAGCAAAGGGGAUCCCAAGGUGCCUGUCCAUGAGGGGCAGGUCCUUGACUUGGGCGAUUAUGGUGUGAAGGUGGAAUCCGACUCUACUGCAAAUUAUCGUUGCGAAUACUGGCAGACUGUGCAAUUUUAA